AUGAAUAAGAGAAUUAGUCUUUUAUUGUUAUUUGUUACUCUCGUUUUAUCUAGUCCUCUUCUUGAUAUGAAAAUAAAAAUUGAACAAAAGUAUAAAUUGAUUGAAAAUGCUGAAAGUCGAUCAAUUGACCAAUCAGUAAAAACUACACAACUAGCAAUUAAACGAUCACAGAAGAGAAUUGUUGCAUUAAAUAAGAAAAUUGAUAAAGUUAAUGAUGCUAUUAAAAACAUCACUAAAUCUCUUACAGGAAUUGAAGCAAAUAUUACAUCUACAGGAGCUGCUGUUACUACAGCAGAAAUGAAAUAUGAAAGUGCUAAGAAAGCAGGAUCAAGUCAAGUAGAAGAAUAUGCUAAAGAACUUAAUAAAUUUAAACAAGCAUGGAAUGAGGCAAAGAAGAAUAAAGAAAAGAUUAAUAUUAGAAAAAGUGAGUUAGAAGCUAGAAGUAAACAUUUAAUAGCACAAGGAGAACAGAUGAGAAUGGGGAUUCAAGAAAUGAAUAAGGCACUUCAUACAUUUGAGGCACAAAAAGUAGAAUUAAAAACAAGAUUAGAAGAAGAAAAAAGUGAAGAGAUUCAUCAUAGAAGAUUAUACAUUACUGCAUUGGAAGAAAAUAAAGAAAGGUCACAAGAAGCAAGAAAGAUUGAAGGAAAAUUAGGACAGUUAAUUGGUAGUGAAAGAACUAAAGCACAUCAAAGACUUCAAAGUAUUAGAGAAAUUACUGAUAAAAAUGAAAGAAUUAUUAAAUUACAAAAAGAAUUUAUUUCAAUUAUUGUUGAAAAACAAAAGAAUUUAAAAGGAAUUUUAAGGAGAAUGGAACAAGAAAAUAAGAAACAUGAAAUAAUGAUUAAAAAAGAAGGAAGAAAAAUGGAUAGAUUAAAAAAACAAAAGAAAGAAUGGAAAACACAAAAGAAUGGAGAAAAAAGAAUUAAUUUAAUUAGAAGAGAAAUGGAUGAAAUUGAAAAUCGAAUUGAUAUAGAAAAUGAUAGACAUGGAAGUCAAGUUGAUGAAUUUGUUAGAAAUAUUAUUUAUUUUAGAAUUGAAGCAAUUAGAAAAGAAAUUAAAGCAUUAAAAGGGGAAAAAAUUAUAUUAAAAAGAUUUGGAAAAGAAAUGAAAGGAAAAAGAUGUUCUGUUUCAAGAAAUGUAGCACAAGAAAUUCAAGAAGAAAUGAAAAAAGAACAAAAUAAAUUAAAUGAAAGAAUUCAAAAAGCUUCUAAUAGAAUUAAAGCAGUAAAAAGUCGAAUUAAAACAUUAAAAAAAUAUAAAAUUCAAUUAAGAAAAGGAUUAAAGAAAAUAAUAAUAAAUAGAAUUAAAGAUGCUAGAAAUAUGUUAAUAGUUCAAAAGAAAAAAGUUCAAGUAAUAAAGAAAAUUGUAAAGAAAUUACUUCAAAAGAAUGAAAAAGGAAAAGUUCAAGAAGAAACAGAACGUAUGAAAACAAAAUUAGAAAGAAAUAAUGAACGAAUGAAUACAUUAAGAAAACUUAGAGAUGAAGCAGAAAGAGAUGGACGUGCAGUUAGAAUGGAAGAAUUUAGAGAAAUGAGAGAAAAACAAAAAGAUAUUAAAAAUAGUAUUAGAGAACUUGAAUUUAAUAGAAAAGAAAGUAAUAAACAAGAACAAAAAAAUAUUGCAUUAAUGGCACUUCAAGCAGGAAACUGUUAUAAAAGAAGACAUUUAUGGAAAAAAAUUAAAAAGAUUCAAGAAAUAAGAAAAGAAAUAAGUAAAAGAAUAGAUAAAUUAUCAAUAAAAUAUAUUAAAAUUACUCAAAAUAUUAAAAAAGAAGAAGAAAAAAGUAUUCAAAAAUUAAAAGAAGAAAAUGAAAAACUUAUAGAAAAGAAAAAGAAUAUUAUUAAAAUUAUUAAAGAAAGUCAAAUUAAAUUAAAGAAACAAAAUAAUGAAAAAAGAUAUAGAGAAGAAAUAGAAAAAAUUAAUGAAUUAAAAGAUGAUAUUAAAAGUAUUAAUGAAAGAAUUAUUAGUGUUAGAUCAGAAAUGAGAAGAAAUAGUGCAGAAUUAUUAUUAAGAAAAUAUAAAGAAAAAUAUUUAAUUAAACAUUCGUUAUAUAAAAAUAGUAAAGAUAAAAUGAAUGAAAGAAGAAGAGAAAUUGCAGAAAUUUCAGGAAAAUUAAUUAUUGAAGAAAGUAUUUAUGAACAAACUGUUUUUGAUAAAAGAAAACCAAUUGAAUUAAAAAUUCAAGCAUUAAAGAAAUUAAAAGAACAAAAAGAAAAAGACAUUAAUAAAUUAAUCAAUAUUGUUAAAAUUAAUGAAGCUAAACAAAUUAGAGAAGCAGAAAAAGUAGUUGAAUUUUUAAAAGUUACUAUUGAAGAUACUGAAAAAGCUAAAAAAGAAUAUAUGAAAAUUGCUGGUAAAAAAUCUACUCAAUAUAAAGCUCAUUAUGAUAGACUUGCUCAAAUAGCAUCAAAUGAUAUUUUAAAUAUGAAAAAAGAACUUCAUAAGUAUCAAGAAAAAAUUGAAGAAUUUAAUAAGAAAAUGGUUCAAUUUAGAAGUGAAAAAAGUCCAUGUAAAAUGUGUGUUGAAUUAGGAAGACGUGCUAAAGAAAGUUUAGCAUUAAAUAUGGAUAAUGCAGAAUUAUUAAGAAAUAUUCAAGAUAGAUGCAAAUAUUUCACAGAUGAUGAAAGAGGAAAAUGUUAUUCAUUAGCAUUUAAAGUUGCAAAAUAUGCUGCUAAUUUGUUUGAUCCACAUGAACUUAAAAUAAAGAAAAUGUGCGUUAUGUUAAAGGGAUGUAAUACUCUUUAA